UGAGGGAGGGAGAAGGGCUCUUUAAUUCAUUCCAGGGAGGGGAUGAUAAAUUGGAAGGGAGAGGGGAAGACACCUGCCCACUUUGGUACCCAAACGAUGCUUCCCGAAGAUAACUUUGGAACUUUUUCCUUUUUCCUCCUCUCAGAGUUGCACCUGCUUACACCAUGUCAUUCUUCCGGUAUUUUAACAAGCAUAGAGAGCUGAUUCCUCUGGCUAUGAUUAUGACUACCACGCUGAGUGGGAUGGUGUACACAGGCAUCAGAGCCAUAAGAAGAUCAGAUAUAAUUAUUGAUAGGUGGCACAAUCCUGAACCUUGGGAAAAAGUGGAUCCCACCCAACCUCAAAAGCUGUUUUCGAUCCAUCAGAAAUGGGAGCCCAUCCAAGAACUGGAGGAGAUCCGAAAAAUUUACAAGGGGUGAAGUCCCCAGCCCUUCCAAACGACACUCUCUGAAUCUAGUGGAAUCAUUUCUGCACAAACUAGAGGAUCGAAACCAGUGUGCGGAAAUGCUUCUGCUACAUUUUUAGAGUCUCUCUCCAUUAUGUUUUGGAUUCUGGAGGAGAUUUACUGUUGGUUUUACAGAUCGCCCAGCCUAGAACUCUAUUGCGGGGAAAAGACAAAAACGUGUUACAAAGGCUGGCUUGUUGUCAUUUGUUUUGAACCCUGCCCUGUUGUCUUCUAGAAAGACAAACCAGCAUUUCUCCAUGUGUGAGCUUUAAAAAAAGAUUUGGGUUGUUGUUGGGGGGGAAAAAGAUACGUUGUCGUUUUACGUUUUCAAUAAAGUUGGAAUUUAUCAAGUCA